CCGCAGCCGCCGCCACCGCUGCAGAUGGCGGGGCUUGGCGGCCGCGGCCGCGACUUGGGGCCGCUGCACCAGCACAAACAGCAAGUUACAGCACCCUCGGCGUUACAGGCCCCUCGACGGCAAGUGGGGCCGCGGCCACACGGACCCACCGCAGUAAGGAGAACGGAGCUCGGCAGUCACAUCACUCACCGCAGCUGCAGAGGCGGAGGCGGCAGCAGAGGCUGCGUUGGCGAAAGGGCGAUCGCUACCGGCGGCGGCAGCUCUGUCAGCAGCAGGGGGCUGACUGCGGCCGCCGCCGCCGCCGCCACCGCUGCCGCCGCGGGAAAACGUUAUGCUGGCAAGGCGGCUGCCCCUAGUGAGCCCCUUGGCAGCGGCGGCGGCAGCAGUGGCGGCGGCGGCGGCUGGUCAUGGCGGAGGAGGUGGCGGCGGCACCAGCAGCGGCAACAGGCGGCGCUGCUGCUGGUCGUGGCGGCGGCGGUGGCGUCCCAACUUGCACAGGCCUACGACCUGCGCUCGCUGCAGCAGCAGCUGCCCGCCUUCUCCAGCCCGCUGCCGGUGCUGGUGCUAGCGGCAGAUCGCCCGCUGCCCAACGAGCCCAAGGCGCCCGCAGCACUGCUGGUCAGCGGCUGCGGGCCCGGGGGCGGUGGCGGUGGCGGAAGCGAUGGUGGUGGGGGUGGGAGUGGAGGCGAUGGGCGUGGAAGCGAUGGUGGUGGUGGGGGCGCGGCUCGCAAGUUGGCUGAAAGCUCGGGUGGCGGAGCCGCCGAGAGCAAUGCUACCGCGACGUCUGCAGCUGCUGGCGGCGGUACGGGCGGCUUGGACGGGUCGGGCUGGGGCUGGGGCUGCUGCCUGGGCUGUGGCCUGGCGCCGCAGUACGCGGGCGCCGCUGCCGCCGAGCUGCGCGGGCGGUCCUCCCAGGCAGUGGACAAGAAGAGCUUCGCGCUGGAGCUUCAGGGACCGGACGGCAAGCAGUCUCAGGAGGUGUCGCUGCUUGGAAUGCCCGCCGCCUCCGACUGGGUGCUGUCCAGCCUCGCACUGGACCGCUCGCUAGUCCGCGACGCGCUGGCGUUCACCCUGGCUCGUGCCCAAGGCCGCUGGGCCCCCCACUGCGUGUUUGUGGAGCUGUUCCUGGUCACGGACGGCUCCAGCACCCUGGACACAGACCGGCACUACAGGGGGGUGUAUGCGCUGACGGAGCCCAUCGCGCGGGGUCGGGGGCGGCUGGAGCUGCAGCCGAUGCUACAGCCGGAGGCCGCCGGAGCCAACCCCUCCGCCGGCGGCCUCAUCCUCGAGCUGUCCAACGCCGCCGCCACACAGUGGUGGGCAGCGGAGCUGGGCGAGCAGCUGCCGGCGCCCGUGGCGCGGCUGGGGCCCACACGGGUGGACUUCAAGUACCCCAAGGCAGAGCGCGCCCCGUCUAGCGUGUGGGGCUAUGCCGCAAGCCAGGUGUCGGCACUGGCGGCCGCCGCCAACGCCCACGACAAUGGCGGCGGCGGCGGCGGCGGGCCGAGCCGGCAGCGGUUGGCGGGCGCCGCCGACGUGUCCUCCCUGGUUGACUUCCUGCUGCACACGGAACUGGCGUGUGACUAUGAUGGAUACGUGUCCAGCGUCUUCUUCUACAAGGACGCCGGCAAGCCGCUGACGGCGGGGCCGGUGUGGGACAAGAACCUGGCAUUCGGAAACGAGGCCGAGGUGACCUCGCCCAGCGGCUGCGGCUGGCGCUACGCCGCCGCCGCCGUACAGAACAGCGGCGCGGCGGCGCAGUGGUACGGCGAGCUGGCGCGGGCGGCCUGGUGGCGGGCGGAGGUGGCGGAGCGCUGGAGGCAGCUGCGCAGCCCUCAAGGCGGCGCCUGGUCAGACUCGGCACUGGCGGCGGCGGUGGACGGGCUCCGAUGGCAGCUGCAGGCGGGGGAUGGGGCAGGCGGCGGCAGUGGUGGCGGUGGCGAAGCACCAGCGGUGGCACGCAACGCGCGGCGCUGGCCGCCGCAAUUGGUGCGCUCGGGUCAGCGAUUUGUGACGCUGCCGCCCGCGAGGGGGUCGUGGCAGGACGAGGUGGCGGCUGUGCGCUCCUGGCUGCUGGCGCGUGCGGCCUGGAUGGACGGCAUGCUACUGCCGCGAGGAGGAGGGGGCGGUGGGGGAGGAGGUGGGGGUGGAGGAGGAGGUGGGGGAGGAGGAGGAGGUGGGGGUGGAGGAGGAGGUGAUGGUGAGGGUGUGCAGCUGUGGGCGCCUGCCCAGCCCAACCUUGUGAGCGGUGUGGUGGGGGCGGUCAUGGCGGGGCGGCCGGUCACUCGGGCCUUCCGCGAGGGGCUGGGGCUGCGGUAGGUAUAGCAGGGUGGCUGUGGCCUGUGGCCUGUUGGUUGUAGCUGUUGGUUGUAGCUGUGGGCUGUAGCUGUGGGCUGUAGCUGUGGGCUGUAGCUGUGGGCUGUAGCUGUGGGCUGUAGCUGUGGGCUGUAGCUGUGGGCUGUAGCUGUGGGCUGUAGCUGUGGGCUGUAGCUGUUGGCUGUAGCUGGGGGCUGCGGUAGCCUGACAAGUGAUGGCUGCACAUAGAGGGUGCCUUCGGCUGGUCGCUAAUAAUGAGUUGCAAGCUGGCCGCGGCGGCUGUGUGCUGUUUGGCUGUGGGCUGUACAUGGGUGGGCUGUGAGGCCCUCGCCCACAUGUUGCCACGUCGCUGGGGGUUAGGCUGGAUGAGGAAUGGACAGGCGGGCCGUGCGGUCAUGCGCCGCCGUGUACGUUGCACAAGUCUAGGUUGGUCAGCUAAUCAGCUAUGCUCUGAG